AUGGCCAUACAACAAGAGGUUGUCAUUGAGAAGAAGGAGGAAGUGAAAGUCUUGAAGGAAGUAAUGGCUAUACAAGAGAUUACCAUUGCUUACAAGGAAGAGGAGAGAGGGCCAAACUUGAGAAAAUUUGUUCAAAAUCCUUCCUACAAGGACAUGCUGCUUGAAUUAUCCAAGAUGAAAGCUCAAGAACAAGACAUGAAGGAUCUAAAAGAGAUUGGGGAAGCUGUUAUACCAACAAAACUUGAAGACCCAGGAUCAUUUAAUCUACCUUGCUCCAUUAGUUACAUGCACUUCAACAAAUGUUUGUGUGAUCUAGGAGCUUCAGUGAGCCUAAUGCCAUACUCAGUGGCUGAAAAGUUGGGGUAUGAAUACUUUAAGCCUUGCAAUCUCUAUAUUGGCAUGGCAGAUGGAUCCAAGAGGGAUGUGCUUGGGAUAAUUGAAAACCUUCCAGUCAAGAUAGGAAAG